CCGUUCGCUAUGGUUGCUCUCAAGCCUGGUCACUUCCUGUUCACCUCCGAGUCUGUCGGCGAGGGCCAUCCUGACAAGAUCUGUGACCAGGUCUCCGAUGCUAUCCUUGAUGCCUGCCUCGCGCAAGACCCGUUCUCCAAGGUCGCCUGCGAGACGGCUUCCAAGACUGGCAUGAUCAUGGUCUUCGGCGAGAUCACCACCAAGGCCAACAUCGACUACCAGAAGGUCGUCCGUGAGACCAUUCGGGAGAUCGGAUACGACGACUCGUCGAAGGGCUUCGAUUACAAGACCUGCAACUUGCUCGUCGCGAUCGAGCAGCAGUCGCCCGAUAUCGCCCAGGGUCUCGACCACGGCUCGCUCGAGUCCAUCGGUGCCGGUGACCAGGGUAUCAUGUUCGGCUACGCCACCGACGAGACGGAGGAGUACAUGCCGCUCACGAUUACGCUGGCGCACAAGCUCAACGCGGCGCUCGCUGUCGCCCGCCGCUCUGGUGAGCUGGCAUGGCUUCGCCCGGACACGAAGACCCAGGUCACUGUCGAGUACAAGAAGGAUGGCGGCGCUGUGAUCCCUCUUCGCGUGGACACUGUGGUCAUUUCCACUCAGCACGCGGACGAGAUCUCGACUGAGGAGCUUCGGAAGGAGAUCUUGGAGAAGGUCGUCAAGAAGGUAAUCCCCGCCAACCUUCUUGACGAGCGUACCAUCUACCACAUCCAACCCUCCGGCCGCUUCGUGAUUGGUGGUCCUCAAGGUGAUGCUGGUCUGACCGGUCGCAAGAUCAUCGUCGACACCUACGGCGGUUGGGGCGCGCACGGUGGAGGUGCCUUCUCUGGCAAGGACUUCUCCAAGGUCGAUCGUUCGGCGGCUUACACCGCUCGCUGGAUCGCCAAGUCCCUGGUCGCAGCCGGCCUUGCUCGCCGUGUCCUCGUGCAACUUUCCUAUGCUAUCGGCGUUGCCGAGCCCCUCUCCGUCUUUGUGGACUCGUACGGCACUGGAAAGAAGUCGGAUGAGGAGCUUGUGGACAUCAUCCUCCAGAACUUCGACCUCCGGCCUGGUGUGAUCGUGCAGGCCCUUGACCUGCAGAAGCCUCAGUACCGCAAAACCGCCUCGUACGGCCACUUUGGCAACCCCACUUACUCUUGGGAGAAGCCCAAGCAGCUCAAGCUCUGA